AUCGGGUGCUAAUGUAGAAAAAUGUCUACGCACUAUAUUAUGUGGACUCCCGGUGCUUAUUGUAUUCAUUUUUCGUUUCUGUAGCCUCCAUAUUGUUACUCGCCCGUGCUUCUUGAAAUGUCUACAUAGAAAUAAAUACGAGAGCUAAAAUCGCACUUGCGGUAAAAGAAAUAUGUAUGUUUCUCUGCAAAGCAUGCAAUACGAGAGCUGAAACUGUAUCAUCGUAUAACAGUUCAUUCACAAAAAAUGCACGAGGUACAUGACUAAGGAUGGUGCAGAAACUGCAAAAGGCCUUGAAAGAAAAGAAAAUGCCGCAUAAAUGUCAGUGAAAAACCUUUGGUAUUUCAGAUAGGCCACAUGAUCGAGCGAAGCUUGUGUCGCAAUGGCCGUCUGCAAGCAACCAAAGUUGUUCCAAAUACGAGUCAAGAUAGGUAGCCAGGUGAUGACUCGAUAUUUGCACAUGUUUUCCACUUUGUUUCUUGAUCGUUUAAGCUUGCAUUAUCGCUUCUUUGGCCUAUUUUACGCUAGGUUGUGUUCCUUUGUCACAUUUCAGGCCCUAGCACAUAAAGUGAAGCGUAGGCACAAGUUUCAAGUCAAUCGGAGAUCAAUUGGCGAUUAGGGAGAAGAAACACGAGCAUGACCUGAAGAAGAAUGGAUUUCUACCUCACUUUAUGGACAAAGAAUCAUGAAAGUUUGUUAUGAAAAGAAAGAGGACGAGACUACGAGCGUCUGGGUUCAAACGGCGACUGAUUUGGAGUCCGGACGAGGGAGAAACGAAGCUUUGAACAGGGGUGGAGGAAGAAUUACGGGCAUGAGAAUUACGACCGUAGUUUCCCCUCCCAUGCCCGUAAUUUCACUGCCGAGAGGAGCUUUGGGUGCGCUGAAACUUAACCAAAACGCGUGUUUUGGGCAAAAUACGGGCAUGGAAGAAUUACGACCGUAAUUCAGCCCGUAAUUCGCCCAGAAUCGGGUUUUUGAGGCAGAUUAGAGCCAAAGGAAAGAGAGAGCUAGGGUUUUGGUUCCAAUACACCCAAGGGACGAACCCUAGAGAGAGAGAGCGACUUGGGAACAUUCUUGGAGCUAUUUUGGGGGAUUUCUUCGCCAUUGGAGCUCGGGAAUCAAGCUUGGAGAUGGAGAUUGAAGAUCUAGAUUAGAUUUCUGCAGUCUCUCUCUUCUCUAUGGAGUAACUUCCCUUCACUUAGGUUUUGAGGAACCCUAGUUCCAUGAGUUAGGAUCUUUCUUGUAUGAAGUUUUGGAUGCUAUAUUGUUUGAUUAUAAUCGAAUGAUGCAUGUUUAUUGAGUCAAUUGAAGUCUGAUCAACUUUUCCUGAUUUCUGCUGCAACCUGAGAUAGAUAGAAUCUGAUUAGGUUGCUAGAGUCUCAUCAUUCGGUAGUAGGAGAUUGGCUAUACGAGAGUUAGUCAGUUUACUGCUUUGCACUGGAAUCCAAUUCCAGUAGUGGAGUUCUGUGCUUAUUGCUUCAGCUUUCUAUCCCGGUGAAGACUAGUCGUCUGCCGGAUAGUUAGACUGAGAGGGCUUGGUCAGCUUAAGAGAUUCCAAGCUACUGUCGGAUCUUCCGCAGUUUAAUCAACAGUAAAACAACCAAAAGGAAUUACAACUUGGACCUAAUUGAGGAGCUAGGGGGAAUCAUACCUAAGUGAGUUCACAACUUGUAAUUAGUAGAGUAGUUAGUAGAGUAGUUUAUAAAUCAAUCCUUAAUCUAGUUUGCUAGAUAAUGAACUGAAGCUGAGUAAUAGUAACUCUAGAGACCCGUGGAUUUGAUAUUUAUUACUUGUGCCACUAUACUGCAGUCCCUUUCAUUGGUUACACUUGGCCAUUGUUAGGUGUUGUGUUUUAUAGCAUCAAGUUUUUGGCGCCGUUGCCGGGGAACUUUCUAGAUUAUUAGGAAAGACAGAAGUUUGUUACUUUAGCGUUUUUCUUUUCUUUUCCACCCUUGCUUUUCACUAGGGUGUUUUUGUUUUUGUUUUUGUUGGUGCAGAUCUGAAUCAUGGAUCCGCAUGGCUUCUCCAACCAGUGGGGGUAUCCACCACCAUCCGAGUGGUAUUACCCCGAGACUCCCUGGAGCAAUCAAGGAGGAGAAGACUAUGGAUUCGGGUUCCAGUACCAACCCCCUUUCUACGGAGAACAACCAGACCCCUGGGCAUAUCAAGAACAACCUCAUUACCAAGAAGACUUUCUCCCACAACCAGAAGGGCCGUCGGAGCUGGAGUUACCCAUGGCGGCCUUCACGGGCCACUCUGCAGAGCCAUGCUACACUUUACUGGAAGAUCCGAACAAACAAUUAAGGCUUCUCGUGGAGCAGUUUGCUCGAGACACUGAGAGAUCAUGCUCCAAGAUGGAUCUUCAAAUCAAAGCCCUUGCUGCUUCCGAUCCCUCAUUUGUCCAUGAUAUGGAGGAGAUUGUUCAGCGCUCAGCGAAGCAAACAGAGUGGGUGGAGCAAGUUUGCUCACAUCUUGCUCAAGAUCACCUUUCUGCUACCACGCUAGAAGAGGUGGAGGAUGACAAAGGCUAUGAGGAUGUUGAGGAGCAUACAGAAGUUAUCACAGAGAACUCCCAUGAUAAUCAUGAUCAGGAAAGUCCUCUGGUUGUAGAUCACACAAUUCCUUAUUUCUGCUCUAACAUGCCGGGCCCGAGCGAGGAGAUGCAAGAUGAUCUCAUUGAAGAAAUUACAUGGCGACUUGCUCUCCAAUCUGUGCUAGAAGAAGAAGAGCAAGAAAGGGUGCAGAAAGAAGUUGUGGAGGAUGAAGAAAGUGAAGCAGGAGGAGUUGUUGAUCAUUUCCCAGGGGUGAUACCACAUGAAGAAGAAAGGGGGGUUGAAGAAGCAAUUGGCGUCCAAGCUGAGAACGGAGUUAAGUGGAAGAGGCCUGCACCGGCCAUGAGUUGCAAGUGAUAUCCCCACCAAACUUUGAGGAACUGCUUAGCAAGGACCCAUUUGCAGUGUCUCUUUGCCAGACCAAGGCCACAUCAACAUCGGUCCCUCUUGGUGGACGCGAUGGUGGCCAAUCGAUGCUGUCAUAUCUGGUUUGGGGCAAUGAGACGAGAGAAGAGAAGAAGAGGUCUCGAGGGUGGAGACUUCAUCUGCAUCAAGUACAUGAGCCUUCAUCACCUGCCACACCACAUGCUCGUGACUUGAGACUCCACCUCAUCGACGAGAACCUCAACUUCAAGGAGGUUCUAGCAUGGACCGAAACUUAGGAGCCAUUGUCCGGCUGACGACGUGAAAGAAGCGCUUGUUGGGAGGCAACCCAACCAGUCGGUUUGCAUUUCUUUCUCUAUUUCUCCUCGGUUGAGUCAGUUUUGUUAUUUGAUUUUAGAGUCAAUAACUCAACCUUUGUGAG